GAGGUAAUCACGAAAGCCACUACAUUUGACACUCGUCUCGGCAACUUGUUGAUUCCCUGACAAUUCCACUUAAUUUCUAUAAAUAACAGGAUACCGACACAGUCAAUUUUUUAUUUUCUCUCUUCCAAUUACCCGCGGUCAAUGCACGAAUCGAAAGACGUCCAAUUUUUUUAUAUUUAUUUUCUCGAUAAUGCAGAGUUUCACAAGCCCUUUCCUUGACUCACAUAAAAUUUCCUUGGAGGAGCAAAUUCUCCCGGAAGUCGUUAAAAAUACUUUCCUCUAUACUACGAAAAAGUUACUGGAUGAAUCACGGACUAUUGAUUCAUGUUUAAAUAAUCCGCGAUUUUUUUAGAAGAGCGCUCCGUGCAUUGGAACUAUUAGCGCGAAUUUCAAAUUUCGGCACGCAGCAUAGAGUCAAUAAUUUACCUGAAAUUGUUUCGAAUAAAAAUCAAUUUUUGGCUAAUUAAAGUCACCUGGUUAAAAGGUGCCUGAAUAAAAAAUUAAGUGAACAUAUAUUGCAAUAACUUAUUUAGUUAUUCGAUAAAUUGCAAGGUAAUAUUUUCAUAGCUCACUGAAAACAGAUUAUAUCUGGAGGUGCACCUUGACUCUGGAAAAUAUCCAAUGGAUUAAUGCUUAGAGAAUGGCGUGAAUGUGAAGUAUACAAGAAAACUGUACCAAGGUCAAACCUGUCGAUUACCAAGCUCCUUGUGCUGUUGUAACAUAUGCUGGCAGAUUGUACAGUAUAAUGGGUUGGUUGCAUUGAUAUGAAACCAAAUGAUGAAGCUGAUGCAAAUAUCAUUGUGAAGGGCGAGAAUAACUGGAAAGAACAGGAGACAGCUAUCCUACAGCAAGUUAAAGAUAUAUUGAAGGAAGAGAAAUUGGAUGGAAUAAUCUGCGUAGCUGGAGGCUGGGCAGGUGGAAAUGCAUCUAACAAGGAUUUCAUUAAAAAUUGUGAUCUCAUGUGGAGGCAGAGCGUUUGGAGUUCAACCAUUGCAGCAAGCAUUGCAGCUCAAUAUCUUAAAGAAGGAGGGUUUCUCUCCUUAACGGGUGCAAAAGCAGCACUUGAUGAGACUCCAGGAAUGAUCGGAUAUGGUAUGGCUAAGGCUGCCGUCCACCAAUUAAUCAAGUCUCUGGCUGCCAAAGGAAGUGGACUUCCCGCGAAUUCACUGGUCACUGGAAUUUUACCUGUUACGCUGGAUACUCCUAUGAAUAGAAAAUGGAUGGCAGAUGCCGAUACAUCCACCUGGACACCUCUUGAAUUUGUCUCUGACCUGUUCUGGAAAUGGGCACAGCAACAAGAUCGUCCAAAAAAUGGCAGUCUUCUUCAGCUUGUGACAAAGGACAAUGUUACCAAAUUGAUUCCUGCUUAAAUUUCAACAAGAAGGAUCAUUUUAAAUUUGGAACAUUGAUAUGCGAAUGACAAUACGUUGAUGUAAAUAUACAGCUCAGUAAUUCAUGGUACCUUCAGUCUACCAUAAUGGCCAAAUCAUUAUUGUGCAUGUAAUUGUAGAAAGUGGUGUUGAAACUGAACUUUCAGAGUGUAUCGUACUUAUUUUCCAUGACACCUCAUAUACUCUGUGAAUAUAAUUUUCUUUGUCUAUUAGAUUUGUAACGUAUCGCAGGUUAUUAAUGCUAAGAAAACCCGUAUUGAAUGCAUUUAAUGAUUUUUUACCGAUUUUGUUUAGAAUUCUAAGAAAUAUAUGAAAAUGUAUGUAAUGUUCUUCACAGGGUGCUAUAUCCAUAAAUGAAUGUUGCCAUUAACAUUAA